AUGCCAAAAAACUUUACAACUGCAACUACCACCACUACUCUUGCUCCCGAUUACAAUAUUCUCCAAGACUAUGAAUAUGAAGAAGACAUCUACAAAAUCGUUUUCAAUAUCUCCACCCGCACAAAUCUUUCCCUUCAAAUCGCCACUGUGAUUGUUAAUUUACUCCACUUGAUCGUCUUAUUGAGAAAAGAAUUGCGUUCGUUUGCAAUCUAUAUUUUCAUGAUAGGUAUUUGUAUUUCUGACAUUCUCACCAACUCCUUGGAUUUCAUUAAUGCCGCCGCUGAAAUCAUGUGGAUCCCAAUAUUAUUUCCUGGGUCUGGAGAGAUGUCUUGUUUGAGAGAAGACUAUUUAGAGAUAAAUAUUGGUGCCCAGUUAGUCAACACAUUUCUAGAUAUAUCUAGACGACUAUCCGUUUGGAUGGCUAUUUUGAUGGCAUCUAUUCGAUUGUUAACAGUGAUAUUUCCGAUGAGUCGAAGGGUUCAAAACAUCUCAAAACCGAAAGGAGCAAUUAUCACUUUAUUAAUAUGUAUCGCGUUUUGGGUUGUGUUUUGUACGUGGCAAUUCGCGUUGUAUCGAGUUUUCUGGCUGCCAGAUAAUCCAAGUAGAAUAUGUCUCGGAAUGUUCAAGAAUCUCAUAAAACCUCGCUACGUCCUAGGCGCCCCGGAAUCUCUUCCGGGAGCCAUGUCCCAUUGGGGUUUUAUCGAAGUCAUUAUGAAAUUUUCCGCCGCUAUAAUUUAUCCUUUUCUCACUAUUUCCUUGUUGAUGGCACUUCGAAGAGUUAAGAAGAAACGUCAGAACCUUCAGAAAAAGGACUCCGAUUCUUCUGAUAAUACUACUAUCUUGAUUUUAUUUAUGACAACAGCAUUCAUGUUGUCAGAAGGAUUCGCUGGAGUCGAAGCACUUUUAUUGUAUAAUAUUGAAAGAAUUCUGAGAAAAAACGAAGAUUUAGGAAAUGCAAUCUUGGCUGCUCAAUAUCCCAUUAGUAUCCUUCGAACUGUCAACGCCCUUUCCCACCCUUUCGUUUGUUUUCUUCUGUCAUCACAGUAUCGAGACGCGGUGAGAGGAAUCUUCGUGGGCAAACGUAAAGUCAAGAGAACGGAAUUUACACGAUCGACUAGCAAUAUACGAAGCAAGACAACCACGACAACAACCUCAUUUUGA